AUGCCGCUAAAACGAGGGAAAGGUUCUCGAACCGCAGAAGAAAAGGAAAGGAGGGUAUUGUCUGCAAUUUCGGCUGUUGAAAAAGACAGAUUAUCCUCUAUACGGAAGGCAGCUCGUCGGUACCAAGUCCCCAUAGCAACACUACGGAAUCGGCUUGGGGGCCCCGCACCAAACCAUCGAAAAUGCAGGCAGCAUCACGAAUUGAACCAGGAUGGAGAGGAUUCUCCCGCGCAGUCAGAUGUAUCGUUGGUUCAACAAGGAGCGGCUCCCUCGCUUUCAAAUGCGAGAAAUGGCCAAUGUGCUUCCCACCAAGUGUCAUGGUUUGAUCAAGUGCAAACGACCGUCAUACAGCAUGAGAUUGCAGCGGAGGAUAUCUACAAUUUCGAUGAGACUGGAUUUGCCAUUGGCCCUUUAGCUUCUACUCAGGUAGUGAUGAAGAGUGAUACGGUUGAACCAGCCUCACUCUCUCAGCCCGACAAUCGAAGGUGGGCCACUUCCAUGGAGUGUAUAAACUCUACUGGAGUAGCGCUCCCACCUUGUAUUGUCUUUAAGGGAAUGUAUCAUCUCGAAUGCUGGUAUACAGAGACCGAGUUACCCGGCGACUGGAGUAUAGCAGUCACUCCCAAUGGAUGGGCUACUGAUGAGAUUCGACUGUACUGGCUUAAAAAGCUCUUUAUUCCUUUUACUAGCCGUGCAGCUGGGAGGGUCCGACUGCUUAUUUUCGACCAAGACAGUUACUUGACGCCUCAAUUCCGCCAAACGUGCAAGGAUAACAACAUCAUUCCCAUUUGCCCACCGACAUAUUCCCGCAUCCGACUGCCUCUUGAGGCGGGCUGCCUGUCAUCUUUAAAACGCGCUUACAGGCGACGGGCGGAGAACCUCAUGCGUGGAGGCUCAAAGUACAUCGACAAGCUUGACUUUCUUGCAUCAUUCCUUGAGAUACACAGAGAAGUGUAUAAAGCAGAAAAUAUCAAGGAUGGCUUUUCUGCGACUGGAAUGACCCCUCUCUGCCGAGAGAAAGUGCAUUUUCGCCCCAACACUCAACUAAGAGAAGCCACACCACUGGACUGCGGUCCACACCCAGCAGAGUAUCUACGUAAAAAUUUGUUGGGCAAGGAAAUAUCUGUACUCAAGCAACUUCUCAGAGAAGAGCCAGAGACAUUACGUCUUUCAUCAUCCGCCAAAGCGGCACUGGGCCGGUUUAUUAAGCAAGCUGAAAAACUCGAGCGCUAUACCCAGGAGCAGCUCAAAGAGUAUGAUGAACUACGGGCCUCGAUUCAGGAGAACGAGGAACGCACGCAGGCUGAGGAAGAAGCCGAGGAAGCUUACCAAGGACCCUGA